AUGGGCGGCGAACCCACCUCACUACCAACUCCCCCAAGCACUGGUCACCGCGCCAAAGAAAACCGUGCUCCGAGGUGGCAUGUUAACUGGUCCCCCCAGAACCAAUACCGCACAUUCACCAAUGACGACCUCCUUACCACCAGCGCGUCGAAGAGCACACCCUCUAAAUCAAUCCUAAAAAAACCUACCGAACUCCUCCUUCCCCUCAUCGACGCGUCCCAGCGAGAGUCCACUCCUGAACCGUCUCGUCCCGAAACCGACCCAAACUACCUUUCGUCAGCAGUGCAAACGCUCGCCGACUCCGACGCGAGUCUCGACGACCUAAUUCGAGCAUAUUCUGUCCUCACUGCCCGGCUUCGUGCCCACAUCACCUUCAACUCGGACACCAAAUGCGCACUUCUUUCGCCUCUCCGAAAGCAUCGCACCGCGGUUACUGAGGCCAUUAUCCGUGACUUGGCGCGUUGCGCAGUGGACCCAGAUACAAUGGAGAUGUCCGCUGAGGACAUUGAAGAGGAAGAGCAUAUCAAGGAGCAACGGCAACCAUUGCAUUUACCCUCGCCCAAGAGCAGCCCGAAGAAGAAGAGGGGAACAACAGCCAAGAAGGCCAGAUACGGCAGAGACCUUUGCACAACAUGUCACUCUGCCUUGAAGCUUCUCGCCGUCGUGUUCACCCUCCCUGCCGUGUUCAAUAUCUUCAACAACGCCGAGUUGAGUGCUAUUCUUACGGAAGUUUUGGGCAUCCCUCUCGCCGACCAACUCCCCACACCAAACUCGCGCAAGACGUAUGCGCUUUCCAUUUGGUUGUUGCAAACCCAACGACUUCCUCCCUCUGUCUUGGACGGCGCAGCUGAUCGGAUCGCACAUGCAAUAGGACGAGGAAUUGACGGUGAACUAGGCAAAGAGGGAAAGAAGGGAUCAGCUAGUGACGGUUUGAAGGCCAUCCAUGACCUCUGUGUUUAUCAGCCAGCGAUAUUUGUGCCGAAAUUCGAGCCGUUACUGCCAUCCAUGCUGACCAACCUUCUCGCUUCCACCCUUUCCCUUCGGACUCAAGCCUGCCAUGCACUUGGAGGUUUCGCUCGUGGCCUUACCACACUACCGGUCUCCUCUCUCCAAUCCCGCAUCUCCGCCGCCGUUGUGGCACACUUAACAGCACCUCCUCCGCCGUCAAAGUCCCCCACCAAGUCCAAUGAAGCGGCAAUUGUACGGACUUUGCGUAUAACGCUUGCUGCUACGGAGGUCCAAAACGUAGCUCAAGGUCCUGUCUGGGCACUGACAACGAUUGCGGCUCUACUUGUUCUAGCGAACUCUGAAGCUUACGCUCAUGAUGGUGCACGCAAAGUUUUCUGCGCAUUGCUUCCGCUUGCAGUCAAGCACAAGAAGAGUUCUAUCCGGACUCUUGCUUGUACCGUUUGGCGAUGCGCUACAUGGGCCUAUUGCCAACCUCUUUUGCCUGAAAGUGACGAUUUCGAGCCUGAAAAUAAAGGAGGGCGAAGGAAGCUUGCGAAGAUUGAAGAAAGCCGCAUGGAGCUUUGGACGAGACUCCUCCAGGGUAUGGUAGACAUGGGUGUCGGCAUUUCGACCAUUGCUGCUUUGCUUGCCGAAACUGAACACGACAUGGAAGAAAAUAUCGGCCUUGCUGCUGGCAUUUUGAAGUCCAUGACGAUCCCUGGCAAGAAUAAUCACCUCCCAGACGCAAUUGACAUUCUUGCUCGGAUGGUGUCAUACGAAGCACGCGAAAUGCCUUGGUCUUGGGAUAAACUCCUUCCUCGGGGUUUACUUUCGGCUUCGCCAGGGUUGUUGACGGCAGAGUACACCUCUCUUGAAGCACCAGUUCGAACGGUGCUCGCUCAAUGUCCCGCUGUCGAUGAUGUUCGUCCGCUGGACCGCGAGGAGCUUGCGCAAAGCGGCACAUUUGACAAACUCUUGGGUGUGUGGAAAGAGUGUAUCGCGUGCAUCGGUCUGCGAGACGAUGAACCGGUUCUGCCCAACAUUGUCCACAUCUGGCAUCAGCUAUUGAAGAUACACAUUUCGGCUGCAAAAGAGAAGGACGAUUCGGACACAAAUGAUUGCGCUGUCUUUGCGGUUGAAGCACUUGUGGAAAUCUUGGACGACCACAACAUCGACCUCACCAUGAAGCAUCGACAAGUCCCCUGCACCGAUGGUCCAGAGCCUAAAAACGACAUGUCAAAUGCUGCAUUGAAGAUUAGACUCUUGCGCGCGUUGUGGGGAGCUACUCGUCAAGCGUUUGGUGCAUCGCAACUCGCGGGAGCCGCAGAAAAGCUACUCUUCACUCUAAUGCAGGGCGAGGAUGAGUUUACUGAUUGCGGAGAUGUGUCGCGGACCGAGUGGGCCACAUUCUGUGCUGAAGUUUCGAUUGUUUGCGAUCCGGACGUCAUACUUCAGUUUUGGAAGUAUGACGGGGCGGACAACAGCAAAUGGGAGUGGACUCGGGAGAUUCGGAGGACUGUUUGGCGAUGCUUCGCCACGCUAUGGAAGGAAGACAAGGAUGGAACUUGGCCAGCUAUCAAUUAUUUACUGGCGGUCCCGUUCAGCACUCAACAAGAUUGUGACCUGGAAGGAGCAGACUUGGAUCUCUGGGAAGCGCUACUUGAACGGGGCAUCGACAAAGCGCUUGAUUAUGGAUUCGAUGUCAUUGCGGUUCUUGAUCACGCAGCGUCGACCCUGGCCAGAGAUCGCAGUCCAACUGCAAGCGGUGCUGCCCGUGUCGCAGAUGUCUUGUUGUCGCGUCUUAUUCGUGAUGAUGAGUUCAGGGAACUGCCCGACUCGCUUUUCGAAUUGGUUAACGACAUCCUUAAGUCGUGCUAUCCACCCGAAAGACGUAUCCGGCAACAAACACUUUGGACGAUUCGAACGGUUAGCCGUACGAUCGAGUUUUGCCCGAUUGAAUAUGUUGUGGACAUGCUCCGUUCACUUCAAGGUGGUUUGUGCAUGUGGCUGUCGGAUGAGCAGCAGGCCCUCAGUAACGAAGAUUAUGUCUACGACAUGGUCAACAUUUAUGAGGUGUUCCUCUUGAAAAUCAGGACACUUCCCAGAGAACUCGAUGUACUUGCUUCAACUGCAACUAUCUUUGUUGCUCCCUUCACUGGGAGGGAGAAGCACGCAACAGGUGUUGGCGCCGCCUUCCUCGACUUCUGGAAGGAGACGUAUGCUUCAGAUUUUCCAGAGCCAGACCAAUGGCCAGAGGAAAUCGAGGAGUGUCUGGCGGCUGUUGGGCUUACGUCCCGUCCCGCUACUCCAGCUCGUUCUGUUUCACCGACCCCUGCCACACCCUCGUCCAGAUUUUCCGAUAUUUCUACACCCCCUCGUCCUCGCAAGCUCCCUUCUACUAUCCACGAUUCACCCGAAUCACCUGUCCGCGUGUCUUAUUCUCUCAGUUCUCCUUCAACACCCAAACGUACACCACUUCGCAGCGUUCCUGGCUCUCAGACCUCCCCACACAAACGCCGACGACUCGACCAAGGCGACAAGGAGAACGAGUCGCCUGUCUUUGUUGCCUCGUUCAUGGAUCGUUUGAGCUCUAAAAAAUCGAUGCCGUCUGGUGGUGAAGACCGCUCUCAUAAACGGAGAAGACUGUUGGAUGGUAGUGUUGAGCCCGUGGGGAUUUUGAUGACGCCUCGUUCUCUCUUUGGUAACGAAGAUGAAGAAGAAGAGCGGGUGGUGGCGGCGAGCCUGGUUCGGCAAGAGCAAGGCCAAGACCUGCAGUCAAGCUCGCGAAGCAAUAAACGCAAGAGAGCGGUCAUGGAAGUCGUCAUUGUGCCUCCAAAAUCGUCAUCUUCGACUUAUAAUCGGGCAAGGCAAAAUAAUUUGGACGUGGAGGUCCGUUCUACGGCUAAGGUUGUGCGGAGAGGCCCCUCCUUCUCCAGGAAACGGAGUCGAGAGGACUUCGAUGAUUCCUCUUCGGACGAUCCAUUCAGUGAUAAUCCUCACACAAAAUCUUCAUCAGACGACGACCCGUACCUUGGUCAAGUAACACCUUCCCAUGUCGUUUCGCCCGUGAUUCGGCGGAAAAGACAGGACGAUCCACCGAGUAGCGACGACUCGGUGUCCUCUGGAAGCCCAGUCAAGGGUAUGGUCGCCCGUCGUCUGCAGCGUGUGGGGUCUAAUGGGCGUGUCGGGGUUUGCUAA